UUUGGGUCUCCUUGAGGCCGCUCGCUCUCUCAUACAAGUGUGUUCUUUUCUUUCUGUAAGAGAUUUGGGAUGGAUUGCUCAAGAAAUGAAUUGUUUAGGCCGUUUUCCUCUGGGUUUUCUUGAAAUGUGUGGUUCUAGUUUUUCUAUAUUUUCGAUUUUUUUCCCAAAGUUAAAAUCUGGGUUUUGAAGAUUGAUCAGAUAUAUCACUCGGGUUGCUAACAAAAUCCAAUCUUUCAGCCUUCUUUUUUUCGUUCUAAUUUUGGUUUCUUUGAUUGGGUGAUCCAUCUCAAAUACUCUGCUUCCCCUGUUUUUCUUUAAUAUUAGCAGGGGAAUAUAGUAUACUAAGAGAGCGAGCGGCUGGUUAUAAUCUUCUUAUCCCUUUUUUUUUGGGCCGUUGGAUGAACAUUUUUGUGUCAAUGGCUUCACCUAAAAACAGUGGGAAAUCAAAGAAGUAUGUGGAAGAAUCACAACACUUGGCUGGAAAGGAGUGGGAUAGAGAUAGAAGAGGUCAAGGCAUCAGGGAAUUUGAUUUAAGCUUGGAAAGGCAGCAACAGUGGAGGCCAGUUUUUGAUGAAGCUUCCAUGGAAAAUAGGCCUUUCAAGAAGAUCAAAAGUCCUGAACGCCAAGACCCUUUCCAUCAAUCCUCCUCUUCUUUAGCUCAACAAACUUCGCAACCUCCUCUUUCCCUUACACCUCCUUAUGACAGCAGGGGAUCAAAUCCAUUAGCUUUUCCUUCUCCUUCUCCUUCUUCUUCCUCUUCAAGGCAUGUUUUUCCAUUUGCCUUUGAUGGAACUCAACAAUCUUUGGAAAGUCUACAGCAUUUAAGAGCACAUACAUUUGAUAGAAAUCAACAGAAUACAGUUCCUCUGUUUCGUCCAUUGCAGCAAAAUGAGCAGCAAAUGAUCUCGUUUGCUCCUCAUUACCACCACCAUCAGCAGCAGCAGCAGCAGGGUUUUGCAUUCCCACCUUAUUUUGCAGGGGAUGUGGCAGCAGGUUCACAACAUCAACAGCAGCAGCUUUUGCAGUAUUGGAGUGAUGCAUUAAGUCCUAGAGGAAGGAUGAUGAUGAUGAAUAGGUUGGGGCAGGGGCAGGAGCCCAGGACAUUGUUCAGGCCCCCAAUCCAGCCAAUUAACACCACAAAGCUGUACAGAGGUGUUAGGCAGAGGCAUUGGGGCAAAUGGGUAGCCGAAAUUCGUCUCCCUCGAAACAGGACUCGUCUUUGGCUAGGCACAUUUGACACAGCUGAGGAUGCAGCCUUGGCCUACGAUCGCGAGGCGUUUAAGUUGAGAGGGGAGAAUGCUAGGCUCAAUUUUCCUGAACUCUUCCUUGGUAAAGAGAAGGCAGAAUCAUCAUCUGUAGCAGGACCGGAUUCAUCAGCCUCGGACCCUCCAACUCCCCAUGACAAUUCGGCAUCAAGAAGCGGGGAUCAGCCACAGCAGCCUGAUCAAGCUCCUGAAGGGCUUAAUAUGGAUGUGUACAUCCCAGAGCUGCCAGCAGCUGCAUUAAUGGGAGAUAAUCCUGAUGAUGACUCUGGGCUGGGAUCGAGCGAAGUUACGGCUAGCGAUGAAGUUCCAGCCUUUGCAGAGAGCAGUUCUGCUGCAGCUGAAGGUGCAUUACAUCCACAGUCAUCUGAGUUAGUUUGGGGUGAAAUGGCUGACGCUUGGUUCAAUUCAAUACCAGCAGGUUGGGGUCCAGGUAGUCCAGUUUGGGAUGAUUUGGAUUCGUCCAAUAAUCUCAUGUUACCUCCUGAUCUUCCCUUUGUCAACCUUCAUCAACAAAGUUCUCAUGAUUCUGAUUCUCAGAGGCAGCUUGAUAAUGCUGCUUCAUCUUCUUCGACUUCAUAUCCAGUGAGACCCUUCUUUUGGAAGGAUCGAGAGUGAAACUUUUAACUCAGAAUCUGCAGCAUUAGGCUCAAACUAGUCAUCCCACUUGCACUCAGACAUGCAUGGACACAGGCACAAAAUUUGCAUUCCUUUCCCUCUUCUCCUCAAAAUUCUUUCUAGUAGGAGUGCAGUUUUAGACAAUCUCCUCAAUUCUUCUUUUCCUUUUUCUGGUCACACACGUGAUACAUGCUAUGACUCCUUAGAUCCUUCACUUUUUUUUUCCCUUUCUUUCCUUUUUUUUUCUUUUUUCGAAUUCCUAAUCAUGUCCUUUGACUACAAAUUCUUCCUCGUCUCUUUUCCACCACUCCAUCCUCAGGUUGCUGAAUUUUUGCAGAACAACCUCUGGAAUUCAUUCUGCUUGCUUUCUUUCUUUUUCCAUAUUGGCCUUUAACCUCUUUUUCACUUUCUCGUACAAACCCAGCCAUCCUGUCUCCUCCUCACCAGUCAGCAAAGAAAGGGCUGCAUAUUAUAGGCCCUCCUUCUGCAGUGGCAAAUUGAUCAGUGCCUUAAUUACUUCGUUGUGCAAAGAGUAAUGCUGUUUUGUUCAUGUCAAUGCUAUUCCUUAGAACAUGUCAUGCUACGAUUCUAUGUAGAACAUAUUAAUGUUCUAUCUAUUGGUAAUUUUCUGGUGAUGGAUGUUUCAUUCAGCAGCCUAGAAACCAGCAAAAGGGGGACAGUUUUUUUUCCCUCCUUACAUCCAUUCCUCACGAACUUUUGAUCUGUGAGGAUGGGAAAUUAGAGAAGUUAGUGUACAUUUUCUCUAGGUGUGUGUUAUGAUAUUAUCAUAUUAUGGUUGUAAUUCUGCAUUUCCUAUUAUGCUGACAUUAUUAGAGCAGCUUGCAGUUUCUUUCUCA